AUGUCCUUGAAGUCACAAGUUGUGGAGUGUUUCGCAGUGCUAUUCACCAAGAAAACCCUUUCUGUACGUCAAAAAUGGAUUCUUGGUUUAAUAAACCUUUCAGCAGUGGUGAUAUUUUGGGUGCUAUCGUCAUUUCUUGUGAAUGAUCUAUUUGAAACAGACAUAUAUAGGAAGCCCUUCUUCAUCACAUACCUCAAUACGGGCUGUUUUGCAUUCUAUCUUAUACCAUAUCUUUGGAGUGAAGGACUAUCCUUGAGAGAAUUUAUAGAUGCUUUACAAAUAAACUAUCAUGAGUCUAGAAUAGGUGGAGAAUUUACCAAUCUAAAUGAUAUGGAAAAUUAUGGAUCUUCUGAUAAUUUAACUACUCUCCAACAAGAUACCGAGUUACAAAUCCCCCUUUAUGAAACAAUUAAACUUUCAUCCCAAUUUGCUGUUCUUUGGUUUUCUGCUAAUUUGGUGACUAAUGCUUCACUUUCAUAUACAUCUGUUGCAUCACAAACCAUUUUAUCUUCAUCUUCAUCCUUUUUCACCCUUAUAAUUGGUUAUUUAUGUAUGGUUGAAAAAAUUAAUUUAAACAAAAUAAUUGGCUUGGUUUUAAGUUUUGUUGGAGUUAUAAUAGUUACAAAGAUUGAUUCAAGUGAUCCUCCUAAUGAAAAUACACCCCCCUUAUUAACUUUAUGGGGGAAUCUUUUGGCUCUUUCUGGUGCCCUUUUCUAUGGGGUCUACACAAUUCUACUCAAAUUUAAAGUGAUGAUAAAGGAUUCCCAUAAGGAAAGAGUAUUAAAUACUCAUUUAUUUUUCGCCUUUGUUGGGAUUUUCACUUUGGUAUUCUUAUGGCCAGUUAUAAUUUUACUUCAUUUCACUGGCCAUGAAAAAUUCGAAUUACCUCCUAAUUCUUAUGCUUUGAUCUUACUUUCACUUAACAUGCUCAUUACUUUCAUUUCCGAUCUCUGUUGGUGUAAAGCUGUUUUACUUACCAGUCCAUUGACAGUUACUGUUGGUCUUUCAAUGACUAUCCCAAUUGCCAUGGUUGGAGACUGGCUCAUUAAAGGGUUCCGGAUCAAUUGGUUAUAUCUUUUAGGAGCGUCAAUUGUUACUGCUGGGUUUUUAAUCAUUAACAAUGAUGAAGAAGAAGAUUUUGUAUCUCAUCGAGAUGAGUAA